AUGGACCCGAACUCGCUGGUUUCCUCCAACGUGAAGUCCGCGCGUUUGGAGUUUCUCGGAGACGAUGAGAUCCGAAAGCUUUCCUGCUGCCGCGUGGUGACAGCUGCUGCGUUUUCUGCGCCGGCGGGCGGCGCGGCGGGCAGCAGCAGCAGGAAAUGGGGAGCCGACGCCGCAGCAGCAGCAGCAGCAGCAGCAGCAGCAGCGGGACUCGCUGCUGCAGUCCCAGGCGGCCUCCACGACAGCCGCAUGGGCGUUUUCGACGGCAGAGAAACUUGCGGCACUUGCGGGGCCUCUGGCAGCUGCCCCGGCCACUUGGGCCAUAUUGAACUCGAGCUCCCCGCGCUGCAGCCCAUCCUCAUGCCUUCCCUCGUCAAGCUGCUCAAAGGGGUUUGCUUCGAAUGCCGGCGUCUUCGGCUGUCUCGACAGCAGAAGAGCCUGGAGGUGAAGCGGUUUCAGCUGCUGCAGCUGCUGCUGCUGCAGGAGCUGCGUUUAAUGGACACCGUUGUGACCCGCAACAGCAGCAGCAGCAGCAGCAGCAGCAAAGCUGCUGGAAACGAAGAAGCCCUCAAGAGCCGCAAAGAAAUCCUUCAAAUUUUUGCUGCUGUUGAGGCCGAGCUGAAUGCCCGGAUGCAGCAGCAGCAGCAGCAGGAAGAGCAGCAGGACAAGGAGCAGCAGGAUGUGAACAAGCCUGCUGCAGCAGCAGCAGCAGCAGCAGAUAAGGAAGACACAGGCGUUGCUGCUGCUGUCAAAGAAACCUUCAUGCUGCAGCACAUUGCUGAGGACUUCAGCAGCAGCGCACUCCAAGUGGCAGCCUGGAGAAGCUGCCGCAGCAGAGUGCUGCAGCAAGCAGCAGCAGCUAUUGGCUCUGUGGAGCUGCAGGGCUUUCAGCUGUAUCCGCUGCUGCAGUCUCUUUUCAGCCACGACGAAGACAGAUUGCUGCUGGCUUACUUAUUCCCCAUGACUGUGCGUCUGGGCCCGUCGGUGUUUUUCCAGCAGGUGGUGGCUGUGGCAGCAAAUCGUUUUCGGCCGCCGCCAGCAGCAGCAGCAGCAAAAGGGUUUGGGGGCCGCGAAGCAGCAGCAGGGCGGCAGCUGCUGCACCCCCGGACGCAGCAGCUGCAGGACAUUUUGAAGUUAAAUGAAAAAUUAAAAUUUGCAUUAAAUGUGCUGCGGCAUCCGGACCCCUUGGGGGCCCUCAAGGACCCUUCGCAGUGGGCGGCGCUGUUCAUGGGGGCCCCCGAGCAGCAGCAGCAGCAGCAGCAGCAGCAGCAGCAGCAGCAGCUGCGCCUGGCGCCCGAGCAGCAGCAGCUGCUGCAGGAGUUCGUCGAGCAGCACGCAGUGGGGGGGGCCAAGUGGCUCAGCACUUAUGCUCUGCAACUUCAAUUAAAAUUAAAUGAAAUGACGGACAGCACAAAAGCCGAAAAGCCACAAGCUGCUCCUCCGGGAGUUCGGCAAUGGAUGGAAAAAAAAGCAGGAGCUAUUCGCCAACGCAUGCAGGGCAAACGCGUCAACUACGCAGCCCGCACUGUCCUCGCACCCGACGGGCUCCUCGCCCCCAACGAGGUGUCGGUGCCUCUGGACUUCGCAAUGAAACUCUCAGUGCCCGAAGCUGCCACUUCUUUUAAUGCUUUUGCUUUGAGCCAAAUGGUCAUUAAUGGCCCUUUCAAACACCCGGGGGCCCUCGCCCUAGAAGACGAUCAAGGCAACUUCUACAACUUGGAGUUCAUGUCUGCUGCAGCGCGCGCGGGGAAAGCAGCAAAGCUGCUGUCUGCUGCUGCUGCUGGCGCUGCUGAGGGUCGGAGUUUUCGGGUGUACAGACACCUGAGAGACGGGGACUUGGUGCUGAUGAACCGGCAGCCGUCUUUGCAUCGUUUGUCCUUAAUGGGACAUUUUGUGAAAAUAAAUAAACCUUUUAAUUCCGAAUUUAAUUUUAAUUCUUUUCUCGAAAAAGCAGGACUCAAGAGGAAGGACGGCAGCUACAGACAGGUCACCCGCGCGCUCCUCGACAAGCGCCAGCAACAGCAGCAGCAGCAGCAGCAGCAGCAGCAGGGGGAGCCUGCUGCUGCUGCUGCUGCAGCAAAAAGCGACCAGGCCCCAGAGAGAGUCUUCAGAAUCAACUUCGUCAACUGCAGCAGCUACAAUGCAGACUUCGACGGAGACGAAAUGAACUUACACGUCCCACAGGACCCUGUGUCUCGUUCUGAGGGCCGUUUGAUAUUAAAUGCUGACAGCCAAUUCACAGUUCCCAAAAAUGGAGAUCUCGUGAGGGGUUUAAUUCAAGACUAUUGUCUUGCGGGGGUUUUGCUGACUAGCCGCGACAGCUUCUUCGACUUGCAGCAAUUCAGCACCCUCGUGUAUGCGGGUUUGGAGCGGUACUUGGGGUGUCACGACACCUGCGUGCGGAUCACCCUGGACCGCUCGAAAGAGCUCGAAGAGGCUUUUUCGGUGGAUUUGGAUUUAAAUUGCAAUUUAAAUUCAAAUUUAAAUAAAAAAUCGAAAAUCAUUUCAAAUUUUAACCCCAAAAACGGCAAAAAUGGCCCCAGUUCCACCCCGGAAGGCAUCGCUCUGCUCACCCCCGCAGUCCUCUGGCCCCGGAGGCUCUGGACUGGCAAACAGGUCAUCACAACAAUCCUGAAAACCCUGGUGGACGGCUUUGCCCGCACCCGCCUGCGCCACGUGACUGCUGCUGCUGCUGCUCCCCCCCGCACCAGCAGCAGCAGCAGCAGCAGCAAAAGAUUAGAAGAAGCUUUGAAAGGGUAUAAAGGAAUUAAUUUGGAAGCAAAAGCCAAAACGCCAGGAGACGCCUGGGGGGGUGUAGAAGACGGAGACACAGAGGAAAGCACAGUUGUAAUAAAGGAGUCUGAGCUGCUGCAGGGGGUCUUUGACAAAAACCAGUUUGGCAGCAGCAGCGGCGGUUUGCUGCACUGCGUGUACUUGCUGCUGGGCUCCACUGCAGCAUCGGCGCUGCUGCAGUCCCUGGGUGCCCUUUUCUCCUGCUUCCUCAAGCUGCAGUGA